GAAGAGGAGGAGAGGAGAGAUAGAGACAGGGUUGCUGUACCACACCAAGUGUCCACCGAAUGUCUGCCUCUUCACAUUGCCAAUGAAUAAUCCUCGCAUUCCUAUGUCUGCCAGUUGACACACUGAACGCGAAGGACCAGGCUUCCACCUCUGCAAGGAUUCAGGAGUCCUAUAGCGGGCUGCGCGUUUUUUCAGGAGCACCUGACAUUUCCUGUGGCAGAUUUACUUACUGGAUCAUGGCACAGACCAACAGCGGUGUGCAGGGGACCAACGGGGUAGCGGAUGAGUCCCCCAACAUGAUAGUGUACAGAAAGAUGGAGGAAGUAAUAGCACGCAUGCAGGAUGAAAAAAAUGGCAUACCCAUCCGAACAGUGAAAAGUUUUCUAACGAAGAUUCCCAGUGUUUUUUCAGGUUCAGAUAUUGUACAGUGGAUGAUCAAGAAUCUGGACAUCGAAGAUCAAGUGGAGGCUCUUCACCUAGGAACUCUGAUGGCUGCACAUGGUUACUUCUUCCCCAUCUCAGACCACGUCCUCACUCUCAAAGAUGAUGGCACAUUCUAUAGGUUUCAGACUCCAUACUUUUGGCCAUCAAACUGCUGGGAACCAGAAAACACAGACUAUGCUGUUUACCUCUGCAAAAGAACAAUGCAAAAUAAAGCACGUCUGGAGCUUGCAGACUAUGAAGCGGAGAGCUUAGCAAGGCUACAGAGAGCUUUCGCCAGGAAAUGGGAGUUCAUUUUUAUGCAAGCAGAAGCACAAGCGAAAGUGGACAAGAAAAGAGACAAAAUUGAGAGGAAAAUUCUUGACAGUCAAGAAAGAGCAUUCUGGGACGUGCACAGACCAGUGCCUGGAUGUGUGAAUACAACAGAAGUCGACAUAAAGAAGUCCUCCAGAAUGAAAAACCCCCACAAAACCAGAAAGUCUGUGUAUGGGCUGCAGAACGAUAUUCGUACCCACAGCCCAACUCACACCCCUGCUCCAGAAGCCAAGCAGCCUACAGAAGAAGAACUGCAAGAACAGAUCACCUUUUGGCAAUUGCAAUUAGACAGACAUCGACUGAAAAUGUCCAAAGUGGCGGAGAGUUUGCUGGGCUACACAGAGCAGUACGUUGAAUAUGACCCCUUCCUAACGCCUCCAGAUCCAUCCAACCCCUGGAUCUCAGAUGACACCACGCUCUGGGAGCUCGAAGCCAGUAAGGAGCCCGGCCAGCAGAGGGUAAAGCGGUGGGCUUUUGGCAUUGAUGAGGUUCUCAAAGAUCCGAUUGGGAGAGAACAGUUCCUGAAGUUCCUGGAGUCUGAGUUCAGUUCAGAGAAUCUCAGGUUCUGGUUAGCGGUUCAGGAACUAAAGAAGCGUCCCAUCAGAGAAGUUCCAACUCGGGUUCAGGAGAUCUGGCAGGAGUUUCUGGCCCCGGGGGCACCCAGUGCCAUCAACGUAGACUCCAAGAGCUACGACAAAACCACCCAGAAUGUCAAAGAUCCUGGACGCUAUGCCUUUGAGGACGCACAGGAACACAUCUACAAGUUGAUGAAGAGUGAUUCAUACAGCCGUUUCAUCCGUUCCAGUGCCUACCAGGAGUUAUUACAGGCCAAGAAGAAGAAAAGUAAGAACUUGUUCUGAAGGCUCUUGCUUCCAGUGGAAACCACUAGCAUACAAGAGGCUGACCAGUCAUGUGCCAUCAUGCUAAAAUCAAUGCCAUCUCUCUCUCUUGGACAUGGAGAGGGGGACCAUCUCAUCUCUUUGUCAUCAUUGUCUGCCCAUCCGCUCUUGGCUCAGCUGGGCAAUGAGCCGGGCUGUCUGUUCGUCUGUUGUCCACCGGAUGUUGCAUGUCCAUGGAGAGAAUGCUCCUUCUUCUCUCUCCUCUUACAGUACCUGAUAUAUUUCCAGUAUUCUCAGAAAGGAGGCACUGCUGGACUUGUAUGGACACUGACAGACUGGCGAGAUGAAAAAUGUAAAAUCCGGUUCUUUCCAUUGUAACUGCUGGAUCGGAGCCCCCUCUCUCACUUCCAGCUGAAACAAAUGAUGUCAGAGAGAAAAAAAAAA